UAUUAUGAGCUCGCACGGGUGCUUCUUCGCUUCACUUCUUCUUGUGUUCUUCGCUCGUUGCCAGCACUUGGAGCCGCGAUUUAGCUACCUCGGUGUUUCACCACCUCAGCACACAUGGGGAAGCAGCACUGUCAAAUUAUUGUCCCUGUCGCUCUCCUUUUACUAGGGAUACUGGGCAUCCUCCUGCUUGCCAUCCCUGCGAACGACAUGAAGCAACCUCCGGAAUAUAUGUACGGUAUUGUCCUGGAUGCUGGCUCCUCUCACACAGCCAUGUAUGUCUAUAAGUGGCCAGCGGACAAGCAGAACGGCACAGGCAUCGUCACACAGCACAGCGAGUGCCAUGUCAAAGGUGGCGGGAUAUCCAGCUAUGCAGAGGAGCAGGGGGGCGCCGCCCGGAGUCUGGAGCUCUGCCUGAACGAGGCUAUGAGGGAUAUUCCGAAAUCCAGACACCAGCUCACACCUGUCUAUCUGGGAGCCACAGCAGGAAUGCGGCUGCUCAACAUAUCAAACCCCAUUGCAACUAAGCGGAUCUUGGGAGAAGUGGGGCAUAAAAUACAGUCCUACCCUUUCAACUUUCGAGGAGCAGUCAUCUUGUCCGGGCAGGAGGAGGGAGCGUACGGCUGGGUCACUGUAAACUACUUGCUGGAGAACUUCAUCAAGUAUGGUCUGGUGGGGCGCUGGCUGAGCCCGGGGCGAGAGACCGUGGGUGCUCUGGAUUUCGGAGGGGCAUCCACGCAGAUCACCUUCCUGACUCACGACAAGGUGGAGAGCGUGGAGAACGGGAAGACCCUGCGGCUGUACGGGCAGGACUACACCCUGUAUACCCACAGCUUUCUCUGCUACGGCCGCGACCAGAUGCUGCGCCUGCUGCUGGCUCACCUGGUGGAGGGUCAAGGUUACCCGGAUACCAUCACUCACCCUUGCUACCCCGCGGGCCACAACACCACCAUGACGAUGGGAAAGGUGUUCGAUUCCCCCUGCACAGCGCAAAAGAAACCAGACUCCUACAACCCCCAGGCAACCCUGACCGUGCGGGGCACCGGAAACUACCAGCAGUGCCAGAGCAACAUGACCCUGCUCUUUUCAUUCGACCAGUGCCCCUACUCCAAGUGCUCCUUCAACAAGGUCUUCCAACCCCACGUCAAGGGCCAAUUCAUGGCAUUCUCUGCCUUUUUCUACACUCACUUGUUCCUACAGCGUGCCACGGGAAUUACUGUCACUUCCCCAGAGCUCCUGGAGAGGGCAGCGCGCACUUUGUGCGGUAUGAGCUUCGAGGAGAUGUUAGCGAAAGCCCCGGACCAGAAGUCACGCCUGCAGGAUUACUGCGCAGCCUCGCUUUUCCUUCAGACACUGUUGUUGCGAGCCUAUGGUUUUGACGACACCACUUUCCCCCACAUCUCCUUUCAGAAAAAGGCAGGGGACACUUCCAUUGGCUGGGCACUGGGCUACAUGCUGAGUCUGAGCAGCCUGCUGCCAGGAGAGAGCGUUUCCCUGCGGAAGGCCCUGCGACCUGAAGCCUGGAUUGGCCUGCUCUUCCUCUUCUCGCUCCUCCUCCUUGUGGUGCUUGUAUACCUGCUGGUCAACGUUUUACGAGGAAAGAAGAGCGGCAGUAAUGUAAUCUAAUACCACUAGGGGGCAUGCUUUUUCCUCUGGCAUAGGCCUCAGAAGUCUGACGUAACGCAGAGCAAAAACCUUGCACAUAUAUGGAAUUCCGGUUCAAAGGGAAAUUUCUCUAUGGAAAAAAUGAAUGGAUUUUCACAUAACCGUCCCUGUCACAGUCUGUGAUUUAAGCUGGCGUUUAAAACUUGGACGUUUUUAUCUGGACACAUUUCUCUCUUAAAUGGCAGUGGAUCCGCUGAAUUCCGAUGUCGUUUUUUAACCGAAACAAUUAUUUUGCUAACAAAAAGCUAACACUGCUGCGCAUGUUAUUUACGUCACACCUCUUGCAGUUCCCUGGCAACGCUUGUGAAGCGCAAGUAGCUAAUUAUAUUAAGAUGUUUACAACGAUAUAUGCAAUUGUAAAAAAAAUAUUAAAAUGUAUAAUUUAUACACUAACGGGAAACAACGGGAAGAAAACGGUUUUCGAGCGGGUAUCGAAACCGCUGUGUGUGAUGUUGUAAUUGUGCGACGGGUCAUCUCGGGUGGCUAACCACUUUGCCGUAGCAUUUGGCUUUUUAAAAUGACACAGAAUUUUUUUAGAUGAUAAAAAAUGGGUAAAAAGCAUUAUUUUUUCAUAUACAAAAAAACGUCCAAAUGUCAUAAUUUAUUUUAAAGGAAUUCAGAAAUCUCCAUUCAUUUGUCCCAUAGGGGCGUCUAUUUUUUGAAUCGGAAGUCUCGAAAAUGCUAACGAACCCGAAGGGAAUGACGACACGACUUCUGAGGCUUAUGGAGGGUUCAGUUGGGAGUCAUAUUAGUGCCUAAUCCCGUAACCAGUUGACCUGGGCUGUGUUCGAAUCAGCACACUUGCCUACAAUUGAGUAUGUUAGUUAAGUACGCAACAUUUCUGAAAGGUCAAUGCACUUAAAAUGCGAAGAUGACAUUCUUAUUUUCAUGUUUUUUCAGAAGCAUACUAUUCAGGGAGUAAAUUAAUACUUAAAUAUUACAUGCAGCUGGACAUCUUAUUCCAUCAACAAACAAACACAGAUGGCUGUGGGAAAUUUAAAUAACAUUGCCAUAUGGACUGUUUAAAUGUAUGUGGUUUGUUUACUUUUUAUGGUACAUUGUUAAAACUAGCCUAACUUUGUUUACAGAACAACUUUUAAACGCCUUAAUGCCACCCCCGACUGAAUCGGAGUGUGAACUGCACAGGUGCAGCAUGAUUUAUGACACUCCCAUAGUAUGGUUAGGAUAGUAUGGUGGUAUUUUUCACAUUCUGCCCAUUGUGUACUAAACAGUAUGCAGUAUGCUUAGUAGACAGUAGUUCAAGGACACAGUAGUUAGGAGGCGAUUCAGACACAGCUCUGGAUGUCUGGUGUCGCCCUCUAUUGAUCUUUAAAAAGCAAACUCUUAGAAAAAACAACUGCUGUAUUAAUGAUGUUCCAAAAUGCAAAGACUGGAAGAUAUGGAUGUUUGGAAGGAUGGUUGCAUAUGGAUGUUUGGAAGAACAUCAUAUCUGUAGCUUAACCAACAUUUACCCGAUGAAUCCUGUGAUUAACCAAUAUUAACCCUAUGAUGUCUGGCUGGAACUGUACUGUAAAUGUGGCAAGUAAUUUCAGGGCAAUCAGUUGCUUUAAGCAGCUUUGCACUUUUAAUCUGUUGAAUAUCAAACGCAAGUUUGACCUACUACCAAAAAUUUCAGCCUGAUUUUUGGAAUUCGUAUUUAUGGUAUAGCCAAAGUUUUUGGCCGCCUUUAGGUAAACUUUACAAAAAGUUGAAGAAGAAUUCUUUAAUGAAUGUGCAUUUAUUGAACAAAAAACCAAAGUAUAAACAUUUUUUUUCAAUUUCUAUCUACAAUAACACAAAAGAUGAGUUUUACUUAAAAAUAAUCUUGAACAUGACUUUCCUCAAAAUAGCCUCCUUUUGCUUCAAUUACAAUUAAACAAUUUAUUGCUAGUCAAUGUGAAUAUUUAGCAAUGUGGGAGGUGGAGGAGUGGGAGGGAAGGGGUAGUUAAAUUGACUGAAAUAUUUUUUACCUUUAGUUUUUUAUUUUUUUCAAACUGGAGACAUUUUGUUGCAGACAAUAGAAAACUGGGUUUAAUUUCUUAGCCAGAUACACAUUUAGAGCAUUUCCUAAUUCUUAAGAAUCUCCGCUAGUUUUAUUUUUUUUAAUAGAAAAAUAUUGUGUAACUGAGUUAUGCACUGACUGUAUAGUAAUGGUCGUAGAUUUGAACUGGAAAUGAUCCAGAAUGAAUACAUUAAUACUGGUAUGCAAAUUACAAAAUGUUCUAAAACAUGUUGUAUAUAAAGUCUUGUACAAAUAUAUUGUAACAUAUGUUAACAGACUUUCAACAUAUAUCCUCUUUUUGUCAUGAAUUACAUUAAUGCUAUAAGCAUGCUGCAUAUUGCCAGAUACUCUAAAUGUACUGUUUGCAUUUUAGAUGAUUUACUGAAACAACAUAGGCUACUUUAUAUGAUAUCUGUGUAAACUUCAAAGUGCACAUAUGGAAAAACUUUCCACAGUCAGGGAGAAAUGAUGGAGAUGUAUAUGUCCAAAAGUGAGACCUGACUUUUUAGGCCUCUUUAUUUUUGGUCCUCCUCCUAGUUUUUGCAAUAAUGUAAGUUGUAAGAACAGACAACAUGCUGUUAAUUAUAUUAGUAGGUCAUAUGAAGUUUGCAGCAUGUGCUGAAAUUGCGAAUGUACAAUCAGUGUCAUGCACCAAAACAUUUGCUGCAAAUACUGGUGUUCAAUUGGGAUGCAGGUAUUGCAUCCGCCAAGUUUCGACUUGGCAGGAGAUGUCCCAUACCUAUACAGCACUUGGAGUUUGGAACUUUUCUGGGUUUCCUACAGAAAUAACCACAAUGACCACAGACUCAGCCCUAUAUUGUAACAUAUGUUAACAGACUAUCAACAUAUAUACUCUUUUUGUCAUGAAUUACAUUAAUGCUAUAAGCAUGCUGCAUAUUGCCAGAUACUCUAAAUGUACUGUUUGCAUUUUAGAUGAUUUACUGAAACAAUAUAGGCUACUUUAUAUGAUAUCUGUGUAAACUUCAAAGUGCACAUAUGGCAAAACUUUCCACUGUCAGGGAGAAAUGAUGGAGAUGUAUAUGUCCAAAAGUGAGACCUGACUUUUUAUGCCUCUUUAUUUUUGGUCCUCCUCCUAGUUUUUGCAAUCAUAUAAGUUGUAAGAACAGACAACAUGUUGUUAAUUACAUUAGUAGGUCAUAUGAAGUUUGCAGCAUGUGCUGAAAUUGCAAAUGUACAAUCAGUGUCAUGCACCAAAAAAUUUGCUGCAAAUACUGGUGUUCAACUGGGAUGCAGGUAUUGCAUCCGCCAAGUUUCAACUUGGCAGGGGAUGUCCCAUACCUAUACAGCACUUGGAGUUUGGAACUUUUCUGGGUUUCCUACAGAAAUAACCACAAUGACCACAGACUCAGCCCUUGAGAACAUUGACUUCUGUACCUUCUGACCUCAUGGAAACAGUACAGAAUUUGGAUAUAACUUCACACGUCCACACAAUGAAGCCCCAAACUUGGGUUUCAAAUUUCAAAAAAUUUUCUCCUCAUUUUUCCUGCUAUUUCAUCAUCGCAAAUGCUCCAGUUCCACAAUCAAUAAUUCUCCCCAUUGGGCAUUUAGUGACGUCUGCUAAUAACAACAUCUGAUCAAAUUAGUCUGAUGAAAAUAACCAGUACUCGGAUACACAGCUAAAUGGACAUAUAAGGAAGCGCAUGUAUAAUGCUAUUUUAGCGAAUGGGACAUGUUUUUAAAACUUUGUGGUCGACAUCUUUGUUUUGUGUGGAAGCUAGCUUUCUUGUUAGCUAAUAAUUUCCUAAAUAAAUAAAUAAAAAUAAA